CUACACAUCUUGUCUCUCCACCUGCUCCUCUGACCUACUCAUCCCUCAAACCAAUACCAGAACCAUGAGCUGCUGUGGCUGUUCAGGAGGCUGUGGCUCCAGCUGUGGGGGCUGUGGCUCCAGCUGUUGCAAGCCUGUGUGCUGCUGCAAGCCUGUGUGCUGCUGUGUGCCAGCCUGUUCCUGCUCCAGCUGUGGGGACUGCAAGGGAGGCUGUGGCUCCUGUGGGGGCUGCAAGGGAGGCUGUGGCUCCUGUGGUGGCUGCAAGGGAGGCUGUGGCUCCUGUGGAGGCUGCAAGGGAGGCUGUGGCUCCUGUGGAGGCUGUGGCUCCUGUGGGGGCUGCAAGGGAGGCUGUAGUUCCUGUGGAGGCUGUGGCUCCUGUGGAGGCUGCAAGGGAGGCUGUGGCUCCUGUGGAGGCUGUGGCUCCUGUGGAGGCUGCAAGGGAGGCUGUGGUUCCUGUGGGGGCUGCAAGGGAGGCUGUGGUUCCUGUGGUGGCUGCAAGGGAGGCUGUGGCUCCUGUGGAGGCUGUGGCUCCUGUGGAGGCUGCAAGGGAGGCUGUGGUUCCUGUGGGGGCUGCAAGGGAGGCUGUGGCUCCUGUGGAGGCUGUGGCUCCUGUGGAGGCUGCAAGGGAGGCUGUGGCUCCUGUGGAGGCUGCAAGGGUGGAUGUAGUUCUUGUGGGGGCUGUGGUUCUUGUGGGGGCUGCAAGGGAGGCUGUAGUUCCUGUGGGGGCUGUGGCUCCUGUGGGGGUUGCAAGGGAGGCUGUGGCUCCUGUGGGGGCUGUGGUUCCUGUGGUGGGUGCAAGGGAAGCUGUGGCUCCUGUGGAGGCUGCAAGGGUGGUUGUAGUUCCUGUGGGGGCUGUGGUUCCUGUGGGGGCUGCAAGGGAGGCUGUAGUUCCUGUGGAGGCUGUGGCUCCUGUGGGGGCUGCAAGGGAGGCUGUGGCUCUUGUGGAGGCUGUGGCUCCUGUGGGGGCUGUGGCUCCUGUGGUUGCUGCCAGUCCAGCUGCUGCAAGCCCUGUUGUUGCCAAUCCAGCUGUUGCAAGCCCUGCUGCUGCCAAUCCAGCUGCUGCCAGUCCAGCUGCUGCAAGCCCUGCUGCUGCCAGUCCAGCUGUUGCAAGCCCUGCUGCUGUCAGUCCAGCUGCUGUGCUCCUGUAUGCUGCCAGUGUAAGAUCUGACACUUUCCAAGAAGUACCUCUACUAUUCCUUUACUUCUGUAGUCUACCUUCUUUGGAAGCUGUGGGAUUAUAAUGACUUUCCUACUCAAGUUCAAGGCUUCCUUCUCCAGCCCUUGAUGGGAAGGAGCAAAUCACUGCCCUGAUGCUUUCCUGACAGGCUCACAUUGUAACUUAGUCCCCAGAUUCUUUAACCUGUCUUUCUCACAUUCCCUACUAUGUCUAACCAGGCUUGCCAUCAUAAAGAUAAUCUGUGAAGUUCUGAAAUGUAUCCAAAAUUUAUUAAAUAAAUCCUCCCCCACCAUCCUC